AUGUCGUACACCACCCAAAGACAAUUUCUAAGCAUUGCAUUCCCGAACGAAGUCCCAACAUUACCGAGUCGCAAACGUAGUGAUGCUGUGUUGAAAUCGUACAGCUCUUGCUACGACUACCGUGCCUGGUCGCGAGAUGGACUGAAGCAGUCGCAAUUUAUUGGGGAUGUCGCCAAUCGGGCACUAUCGCAAGCUGCUAAAAUUCCAAUUCACUUCUUUUCCGGGGCAGAACUAACGAAAGAAAUUCUAGUUCGUCUGGAUGCCGAUAAUUUAGCCGACUAUAUCCUGAGUCUAAGGGAUGAGGUGAAAAAGAAGCACAGCGCGAUUGAAUCGUUAGAGGAAACCAAACAAGAGCUGAUGAAAAAAACUGAAUCUCUCGAUGAAAAACUGAAUGAAUUACAAGAAGUGAACCUUUUGCUCAGUGCCGAAAUCGAACGGAUCGCUGUUUGUCAUGAUCUGCAACAGGAGACGAACCAGUUUGAUGAGCAGGAACUCGCCGAAAUUAGCCAAAUGAUCAUUGACCUACGGGACUAUAAUGAAAAUCUCGAGCAGGAAAUGCAAACCUUGCGGAAUCAAAUUAAAGCAUUACAAGCUGCCGCAGAUUCUGCAAGUGCUGAUAAUCAAGGAGAUCGUGUGAACGUUGAGGCUGAAAAUAAUUUUCUCAAGUUCAAAGCAAAGGACUAUGAUCGAUUGGAAAGUGAGCUGACCCUGUUUAAAGCCGAGCAUGAUAACUUGACGCAGCAGAAGCGGAAGCUGGCAAAAGAAGCUCAGCGUGCACAGCAAUACCGAUUGAGGGCAGUGGAACUAAAACAGAACCUAAAAGACGAGCUACAUCGUAGAGAAUUGUGUGAGGAACAAAUUGAAAUGUUGGUGAACAUGUACGAACAGCAAUCAAUUGAAUUGAAUCAACUGAAGAGUCAAGUUCAUACCUUGAAUCGAUCUUCCCAUGAUCGACUUUUUGAUGAAUCCACGGAUGAUCCGUAUGGAUCUCGUACAACCAUUUCAGAAACGACCAUAGAGAGAAUCCCGCACGAAGAUCUUGAGAUUGUAGAUGCUUGUUCGAACUGCGCCAGACAUCUGCAACAAAUCGAAGAACUUAAUAAACGUAUCAACCAGCAAAAGCAACACAUUGAAGAGUUAGAUCAAAGUACCAGUAUAACAAAAACAGUCGCUGAAGAAAGUGCAUUUCAACAGCAGGUAUUGGACCUUCGGCACGAAUUAUCAGAGUGUCAACGUGAGUUAAUGGAAACAACUGAGAAGUUUGCCGCUCUGCGUGAAACUUCCAUUGCUGACUGUAAGGAAUUGGGACGAUUGAAGCUGCAACUAGACCAGCUAACCAGUGAUAGAACGCCAUCCGAUGAGGCCGUGGGACAACUGGAGCUCCUUACAACAAAUGAGAAGCUAAAUGCAUUACAGGCGGAAAAUGAAAAGCUUCGGGAAGACCUAGUCAAAAACCAAGCUACUGUCGCAGAACUUCAAUCAAAAGUACGAUCGGUGCCAAGUUCCUCGAUUCAGGUUGAUUCUGGUGGGGGUGCAGAAUGUUGUGUACAAAAGGCCAACAAAAUUACACAGCUGGAGCAAGUCAUUUCCGGACUGAAGGAGGCCUCCAAUGCAAUGCCUGUGACCUCGAUUAGUGUGGAGGAAAAUGCAAACCUUCUGGAAAAAAUAGUUACGCUAGAAAAAGAGCUGCAGGAAAGGGAACAGCAAUUGAAGACGCUGCAGGAAACCAUGGAUAAGGGUGAAGGCCUUCCUCAAACUAUGCCAGUGCUGCAGCAGGAAGUUGGUGACGAUAGUGCUAAGUUGAAUUCGUUGUUAUCCCAGCUGGCCGAAAAGAACGAAUUGAUUGAGCAACUUCAGAACAAACAGAACAUGCAAGAGACGGCUGAAGGAAAGGAGUUGAUGCCUUCCGAUGAUGUUCGUAUAUGCCAGGAAGAGCUUGCUGAACUACGAAAACGUCUAGCGGUGUAUGAGGAGGAUGCAAUAGGCAGACUGGUGAUUAAUCCUUCUAAGGAAUCACGAAAGAGCGUUCGUAUCAGUGAUGAAAUAGAACAAUUUGAACCACUUUCCAUCAAGGAAGAGUUUGGCAGUGAACAGGAUGAGAAAGAAACGGAGGAAAUCAAAUCUGAACCGGAGGACGAAGCGCACACUGAGGACGAAGCGAACGAUGAUGCGUCGGAGGUAUCAGUUGGGCGCAACAAACUGGACAGUUCACUCGAAAAACUUGAGGAACUGCAAGAGAAUCUAAACAAACGCUGUACGUUGCAGGCACGCAGAUCGAUGGUCCUGCUGGGAAGUAGUGGAACGGUCGAAUGCGACUGUAUCCAAGCGAUAGCUUUAAAGAUAGCACAGGGCGGCCUGGAGUUGCUGCUAGUGGCGGAGCUGUACGUGUUGCUGCAGGAAAUUUGUAGUGCCAUCACGCGGAAGAAUGCCGUUCUCGGUCGUAAUGUGACGGUGCUGGCCAACAGCAUGACCAAGUGCUGGCAGGUCAUCACGGAUGCUCGGGUCAUGAUGAACAUGGAGUUGACGAACCGUACCAACCACCAGUCGGUGCAGUCAGUCCAAAGCAUGAAUGUGCAGCAGGAUGAGGACAACCGCAGCCGAACCGCCAGUCAUAUGGGCCAUCUGAACGGACCAAACCUUGGGACUAGCGUGUUAGAGACCAGACCAUCAAUCGCGGUGCACAAAUCGCUGUCAGUUGGAAGUGACGAUAACAGACACUCGAAAAUAGCGGUUGUAGAUGUUCAGAGGCGUCGAACUAUUAAAUGGAUGGAAAAUGUGAAAAAUAUGAAUCGAGCAAGUUAA